CUAACCGAAACCUACCCGCGGAGUUCAUUUCCCGCUUCACCGAGAUCUGAUUUCCCGCCAAAAAAAAAAGACUAGUCGAAGCUUUCUACGCCACGCGCCCGCUCUUCUCUUCGUCACUCACUUUCGGAAGGGAUCGAUCUGAUCUUCCACACGGAAUCUAAAACAGGUGUGGAAAUUUGAGAUAUAUCCAAUGGCUGGACAGACUGAUCCUCAUGUCUCACUAUUUUCUCCUGAAGAGGUUGAGUUUAUGGCAGAGGACGAACUGGUGGAGAUUGUUCCUAAUAUGAACAUGGAGCCCCUCAAUUUCAUCGCUGGGGAUUUUGGCCGGUUCAUUCCUCAGAUUCCAAUACAAGUGCCUCUGUGGCUUGCAGUGGCUCUGAAGCGUAGAGGAAAAUGUACUUUCCGGCCUCCAGGGUGGUUGUCUGUUGACAAUUUGACUCAGGUCUUGGAAGCAGAACGGGAACCUCAGUCGAAAUUUCAGGCAUUACCAUUUAGUUACGUGGAGAUUGCUAGACUGCUUUUUGAUCAUGCACGUGAUGAUAUUCCAGACAUGUAUAUGGUAAGAUCGCUAGUUGAGGACAUUAGAGAUGUGCGGCUUCACAAACUGGAGAAUAACUUGGGCACAUUUCUAGGUACAUCUGCAGUAAAGAUGGAGAAUGUAUCGGCAAUGGAAGUGAACCUAGUCCGCCCAUUUGCUAGAAGAGCCUUAGAAGCGUUUUAUAAGCAUGACAAGCCAGAGGCUGCUGCAGACAGAAACACUAGAAGUAGCAGACAACCCCGUGAAGCUAACGAUGAACCAAGGAGACCUCUAAGGCAACGCUAAGGAGCUUCUGUGUCCUUGCCUAAGUGAGAAAGAAGAAGUCAGGUAUCUUCUGUGCCAAUAUUUGUGGAGCUCCCCUGAGAAGUGAUAGCACCAACAACAUCUAGCUACGUGUCUUAAAUAUAUGCAUUGUUUCUCUUGUUCUGUUACGUACUCUUGGUACUAUUAAGCAUCUUUGCAAAUUGUAGAUGGAACCCAUAUUGUUUCAUUUUCAAGUACGUGGGUUAAAACUAAUGUUAGCAAUAAUCGUGAGUGUUUA